AUGCUGGUUCGUGCUUACUCCACUCAACGACCAUUGUUGCUGGACAUUUUGCCCCAGCGCAAACUCAUCAAGCGUCUGCUUUUUGACUUUGAUGCUAGAAUGAACCUACGAAAGUACAUGCCAGUAAUACAAAACAUAUACGAUAAUGUUGGUAAAGAUAAAUUAUCAUAUCCAAAGAAGGUGCAAGGAUCAGAUCUUCUUCUGUUUCAGAAAGUUCUGUCGGAAAUACGAACUCAAACCCACACAUCAAAUCAGCACCUUGUUAGAUUGGAGGAUGAACUUAUAGAGAGGGCAGCGGAGCUGGGAAGUAGAGAUGCAUUGACAAUUAUCUCUUAUAGGGCUUUACGGGAUCCAAGCGGAGAAUACACAGAUGAAGACAAGGUCCAGGCUAAAAAAUUCAUAGAAAAGCUAAAAGAGCUUGAGCAUCCUCUUGUUUACAAGAUGGGGGGAGAUUAUGAUUUUGACCAGGGCAGAUACCAAGAAGCUGUGAACCAGUACUGGAAAUUUAUUAAACUCGAUGCUAACUCAUUUUUGUCCGCAGAAGUCUAUAAAACGAUGGAAAAAUUGGAAGUCUGCAAGAAAGACUAUUGA